ACCCCUCGCCCGCGGUUCGUUUGAUCCGCCAACACCGGGCGCCCGGCCCUUCCGCCACCGGCCUUCGGUUCCCGAACCCCCACUCCUCCGCCCUCUCCGCCUCGCCACACCCGCCGCUCCUCCCCUCCACGCCUCCCACGCUCCCUCCCCCCCACCGCGCCUUCGCAUCCGCGCAAGGAAUAUACCUUCCGUGGCGUCCCCUGCUUCCUCCCCAUCCUGUAUUAGUGCGUCCCUGCCGCUCAGUUUCUCGGUCUCCCUGCCCCUGCGCUCUCUCGCCAUCGGUUUGGAUCUUGGUCGCCUCGGCGGGUUCGCAGGAUAGUCAACGAGCAUAGAGUUCACGUUGCCUGAUUACCUUAGUUGCUGUUAUGCGAUUUAAGGUGCUGUCCAAACCAUUCUGGAUAAAUUAUGUUGCAGGAGGACUUUAAAAACUAGCUGCCCGGUGAAAUUCAAAAUUUUCUCCUGUGUUCUAGUGAACUCACUUCAGAAGCUUGUUUGCGCUAUGUCUUACGCAAACUGUUUGAAGAAACAUCCCUAUAGAAUUGUCUUUCCAUAUGCCAACUCCAUCCUCAGAGCUUCUUUAGAGAAAGGCUACCCACAAAAGUCACUGAAGGACUAUAGCACUUUGCUCCAUUUCACUGCUUUCUGCCCUGAUUACAGAACUUAUGCUCUUCUUCUCAGAGCUUGUGCAAGAUGCUCAGACCUCUAUGCUGCCAUGGAAAUCCAUUGUCAUCUUACUAAAGUUGGGUUGCUAUCUAAUCAACAUAUAACACCUAAUCUGCUCAAGUUAUAUAUUGCUCAUGAUCGCAUGUUGGAAGCACGCGAACUGUUUUGGUCAGUGCUGGAGUGGAGUACUGAUCCCUUCCAUGGCAACUUGAUGCUUAUGGGAUUCCUGAAGAGUGGACAGCUAGAUAAAGCAUAUCAGAUUUUCAAGCGGAUGCCUGUCAAGGAUUUGGUCUCAUGGAAUUCAAUGAUUGCAGGUGCAGUAAGAAGCUCACACCUGAAAGACGCAAUGAAUAUUUUUAGCAGGCUGGUCAGUUCAGGUCUUGUGCCUGAUGGCUUCUCAUUCUCCUCAGUUCUUUCAGCAUGUGCUCGUGCUGGUGCUCGGCGAUAUGGGGUCUGGGUGCAUCAACUGAUGAUGGAAUUGGGGGUGGAAAUGAAUCAUAUCAUUAGCUCAGCACUUGUAGACAUGUAUGCCAAAUGUGGAAGAAUUGAUGUGGCAACUGAGAUAUUCAAUACAGUCAAGAGAAACCAUAUUUCUGUGUGGAAUACAAUGAUUAGUGGCCUGGCAGCACAUGGUCUUGGGUCCGACGUAGUGAUUUUGUUCCGCAAGAUGAAAAGUGAAGAAGUGAUUCCUGACGGGCUUACAUUUGUUGCACUCUUGACAGCAUGCAGCCACUGUGGCAUGGUUGAAGAGGCUCGCCAAUACUUCAAAUCAAUGACUACAGAGUAUUCUAUCACACCAGAGGUUGAACACUAUGGUGCAUUUGUGGAUGCAUUGUCACGAGCUGGAUUGCUGGAUGAAGCAUACAACUUGGUAAGGUCGAUGAAUGUAAAGCCUGAUGCUGUGAUAUGGAGGGCUUUACUUAGCGCCUGUCGCAGGUAUCGCCAAACCAGAUUAGGUGAGGUCACUGUUGAGCAUAUGGCAUUCUAUAGCAGUGGGGAUUAUACCCUUCUUUCAAACAUCUACUCAUCAGCAAAUAGAUGGAAUGAUUCAGAGGAACUAUGGAAACAGAGGAAACAAAAGAAAAUUAAGAAGAGCAAAGGAUUGAGUUGGGUUGAGUUAGGGGGGAGCACACAUGAAUUCAAAGCCGGUGAUCGAUCUCAUCCUGAUAGCGAGGAUAUAUACCAAGUGCUGCAUGGUUUAUCUAAAAGAGCCAAGGUUGAAGGUUAUGCUCCAUUGACUGAGCUAGUAACAAAAGAUGUCUCAGAGGAGGAAAGAGAAGAAAACCUUACCUUCCACAGCGAGAAAUUGGCAGUGGCUUAUAGUGUCCUUAAGACUGGUCCAGGGACAGAGAUAAUGGUGUCAAAGAAUCUGCAGACUUGCAGUGACUGUCAUGAAUGGAUGAAGAUAAUCUCAAAGGUACUUUGCCGUGUUAUAAUUAUGAGAGAUAGAAUUCGAUUUCACCGGUUUGAAAGCGGAUGCUGCUCCUGCAAGGAUUAUUGGAGUAGCAAUACCUUUGAUGCCCCAUCCACUCCAUUUAUGCAAUGUCCUUGUCUUCUAUUUGCUCUUGAGCAGCUUAAAUCGCUACAUACCUACAAUGUUGCUGAAAAGUUUUCUGGAGUCAAGACCGAAUGGCCUGCAACUAUCCUUGUUUUUGAUAUUGAAACUACUGGCUUCUCACGUCGUGAAGACAGAAUUAUUGAGUUUGCUGUUCGUGAUCUUAUGGGGGGGAAGAAUAGCACUUUCCAGACACUCAUAAAUCCCGAGAAAGAUGUGAAAAAUACAUAUAUUCAUGGUAUUAGCAACAACAUGCUCAGCAGGCCUGAUGUUCCAAGAUUUGGAGAGCUUAUCCCCAUUCUGCUACAAUAUGUUUGGAGUCGUCAAAUGGAUGGUAAACCAGUUCUGUGGAUUGCUCAUAAUGGGCGUUCCUUUGAUGUACCGUUUCUCUUCUUUGAGUUCCGACGGUGUAAGGUACAGAUGCCUGGUGACUGGCUUUUUGUUGAUACUCUUCCUAUUGCAAGACAAUUGGUUGAUUCUAAGGGGUCAAAACUAAGCUCUGUGUCAUUGGAGAAGCUGAGAGAACGCUACAAGAUCCCCCUCACGGGGAGUGCGCACCGUGCCAUGCAGGAUGUGACAACCCUUUGUUAUGUGCUUCAGAAGUUGACUUUUGAGCUGAAACUAACUGUUCCUCAGCUGCUGGAGAAGUCUUUCCGAGCAUCAGAUCUUCCGGCGACACGUCCUGAAAAAUAACUGCCAUCUGCCUUGCAGGGAAGGGAAGGCCGCCUGGAAGCUAGAUUAUUGUUCAAUUGUUGUUGUAUUAUUGCAGAGAUGUUAUUCUGAGAUCCCAACUCUGAUUUCAUUGAUGCACCUUCUAACAACAGAAUAAAGCCAGCCUGAUUGUCACUGAUUCAUAUCAGUAGUACAGUAAUAAGUAUUACUGAUACUCUGCCUUUGUAGGCUUGUAUACAUUACUGAAUAUUAAUUAAUUCGACAUACAUUUACUUGAUUGCAAAAUUA